GUCUGAAAAGCAUCACAGGAGCCUCUGGAUAAAAGAUUCUCAGCCUCAGCAACAAGGCUAUAGUAGAGAGGAUUAUGCUGAAUGGUGAAACAUGAAACAAAUGUGAUGAAGCAGCAUGGAGCUAAGGAGAGGAAAGACCUUCAUAAAAUCAAGUUUGCAGCUGACUUCUGAGAAAACGCCAUUGGUGGAUGAGAUUCCUGCAGACAAGGAUGAUCUAGGAAAAGACAAAAGGGUAGCAGUCAAGGGGAGCAAAAGUGAAGUGGUCCAACCAGCAAGUUUAGCCACACACAAAAAUGAACGAUUUUCUAAUACAACGACAAGGAGCGGGGCUAGUGAAAACAUCUUAGUGCCAUCUGGGUCUUCCUACAAACUGGUAAGAAAGAGUAAAACCCAUGAUUGUGUGAUAGGGGUAGACAAAACAGAACAAUGCAACCACAGCGAUAAAGCUUACAAGGAGGGCUCCUCAGCUCCAGGAAGAAGUAAAGGGCGACUUGUCAAUAGCAUCAGCUUUUCUGGGGUGGGGAGCACCCUGAAUUCCAGUGAUAAGAAAGAGUCCGUAGUCAGCCCAAGCCAGUCCACUUGCAGCAGUCAGCAGAUGAUAGAUUAUAGAAACUUUGUGCCACAGAUGCCUUUUGUACCAGCUGUAGCAAAAAGCAUUCCCAGGAAGAGGAUUUCCCUUAAGAGGUCUAAAAAAGGGCUCCGGGACAUAUUUCACAUGAAAAAAAAUAAACCAGAGAGCCUAACCCUGCUAGUUGAGAAGGGCAAGAGGCUGCCUUCUCCAGCGCGGAAGGGCGAGCUCUCAGGCAGGCUUGGGAAGUAUCUUUUCAAACCCAGAGAAACCUUUGCAGCUGACUGCUUGGCACAAGACCUCUCUGACAGCGAAAUGCAGUCCGACUCCUCCUAUGACUACUGCAAUGCUCUGUGUGAAGAUGUCGCUUCUCUGAAGAGCUUUGACUCGCUCACUGGAUGUGGGGAAAUCUUUGCAGAUGAGAGCUCUGCUCAUUUGGAGCUGGAGAGCAGCAAAGAAGUGCUGAUGAGGCGAUCCAAGCACAAAGAGAGCCCUGCCCUGGGGUCUUUUCAAGGGGGAGUGGAACAGCUGGCGUCCCCUGCCCAAAACGAAGCAGCUGACUUUGCAAAAUUUUGGGAUAACAUCAACAAGUCAGUGCGAUUACAUCAGAGCACGUUAUUUGAUAGGAGGUUGUUGAAGAUACCCAGUCCUGACCUGGGAAAGACUAAACGUGAAGCUGCUGCUUCAAUGACUGACCUGCUGGUGUCACCUGAUAAACAUCCUGACAGUUCCAAAGAAAGCUCCGUAGAUACAGGGACACCAAAAAGUGACCACCAAGAAUCCACCUCCACCAGUGAUGAAGGAUACUAUGAUUCAUUCUCUCCUGGGCAGGAUGAUGAAAUGAAGGAGGCUCAGACUCCUGAGGUUCCAGGUAGAUUUCCCAGAGACAGUUACAGUGGCGAUGCCCUUUAUGAACUAUUCUAUGAUCCCAAUGAAACCAAAAUAAGCCCAGUCCUAGACGAUGACCUGUGUAUGUCAGAAAGCAUUUCAGACCAGGCCAUUGAAAUCCCUUUGUCGAUUUAUAGCUUUCAUGUGGGAGCAGAGGAGAAUAUGGCUUCACAGCCAGCUGUUGACAUCAUUAGCCAGGGGUUUCUUCAGAGCACAUGGAAAGGUAAGGAAUGCUUGUUAAAGCUCUGUGAUACUGAACUCUCACUGACCAUGGGGAUAAUAAACUGGCUACGAAAAAACCCAGGAUUGGUUUCCCCCACAGACCCAAUUAGGAGUCCCGAAUUACAGCUGGAAAAAAGUGGCGAUCCAUUGGUCUCCUGUAGUCCCAGUCUAUGCCAGAGUGAGCACAUAGCAGCUGAGGAGGAAAAACCAACCAAGGGAGAAACUGAUAUUUCUAAUCCAAAGUCUUCUUUGGUUAAUGACAAUGACAUGGUCCAGACAUGUUUAGGGGGCGUGGCUGAAAAAGACCAAAGGGAGUUUUCUUGGCCUCACACAGCUAACGGGCAUUCUCAGGUGAGGGAAGGAAACUGCCCUGAGGACUCAUGUACUGUGUCUGGCCUUCAGGAAGCCAACAGCACAUCAGGUAAUGGGCCAAGAUCACAAGCUACUGGAGACACUUUAGGGACCUGUUUGUUUGAAAAAGAGAAGAUGCCAGUUUUAGGAGAACGCAAGGGACCUGGUGAUAAAGCCCCAUUAAUAGGCAACCUGAACAUGGAGCCUGCUUGUCAGAGCUCUCAAAAUCCUUCGUUAAAUGAUAGCCAGGAAGUAGAAUCCUGUUAUUCUUAUAUGACUGCAGCAACUUCCCCAAUGGAUUCCCUAGAGACAGCAGAUGGCAAUAAAACAAUAUAUCAUUCCUUGUCUAUUUCCUGCAACAAGCCAAUGCAGCCUCUUACUCUGAGACAUUUUCAAAGCUACAUCAGCCCCACACAACAGGACAGCGACACUACUAUAGUGCAGCUUCUGGAACGUUGUGUCACUCAAGUUGCAUCCUUAAAAAUCAGCUAUGAAAAUAAACAUCUGGAAGACAAAUGCAUCGGGAAUGAAAUGAACAACAUAAUUUGUAAGAUGUCUCAAUACAAAAACAAAAUAUUGUUGCAAAACGAAUGCAACUGUAUCACCCAGAGUUUAGAAUACCCUGGUCUCCCUCACACAAACCAAGAUAAUUAUGAGACAAGCCUCAAAGCCAGUAAUCCAUAUCAGUUGAAACAAAAUAAGGAAUUAAUUUGCUCUAAAGAUCAGAAACACAGAACAAAUAUCCUAGAUCAUAUGAGUCAGGUCACCAGGAGCAAGAUAAAUUUUGAAUAUGCCCAGUUAAAUAAUCAAGCCCUCUCUUACAUAAAAGACUUUACAUUUGAACCUAGACCAAGUGACUCCAACAGCAUGACAUCCCUUAGUAGGCCAACAUUUUUACCUCUCUUCAAAUCUGUUUGCUCAGCUGUACCCAAUGAUUUUUCACAAGCUUGCACAAACAGUUCACUGGACAAACCAUUGCAAAGUAAUGAAUCUACGCAGUGCAGCACAACCUCAUGCAGUUACACAGAAGAAUACCACCAAGGACUCUCUGAAGGGGCCACUCUUCCUAAUAACCCAGAGCUGACUAUCACAGACAGAGCAGUGACUGGCAAGAACCAUCAAUGACACACUAGUGUCAUAGGGUGCAACACUGAAGAAACCAGUUGUAAAUAAUGAUGGUUUCCCACCUGUGUGUGUAAAUGAAGCAAGUCACAAUGAGGUCAAACUGGUGCCAUAAGCAACGAGGAUUUCUCACCAAAGGACCCAGUGGAGACCCUACAGGGGAAAAAUCAUCCUACUUAUUAACAAAUAUUGUUGGAGCUUAUGACACACACCCUUGAAUCCAGGUUUGCAAAUGGGCAAUAAGCAUGCUCCAUUUUUAAAUAGCAAUGAAAUUAUGGUGAAAGUUGUUCCAUGACAUGAAUGAGUAAUUAAAUGAAUCUCUUUUGUCAUAUUGCACCAUAUGAUGAAGUCUUUCAGGCAACAAAAAAUGCUAGUAUUUUUUUUUUAAUGCAAAUAUGUGCUGAAGCAGCAUUAACUUGGUUUAGAUAAUUUUCAUUCUUUUGGAUAAUGUAAAUAUUGUGAAUUUCUACUGAACUUCACAGAAGUGCUUAAACUAUUACAAUAACAUUUAUUAAUCAUCUUAAACUUGAUCAUGCAGACUACGUUUGUACGCUGAGAUUUACCACUUGGUUUAAAACAUUUUGUAAAUAUGGAGAUGAUAACAACAGGAAGUAUAAAAUGGUCUAUAUUCUCCAAAGAAGUUUGUUUACUGUGUACCCUAGUUAUAGAGGGUUGUGUUUGAGAAUGAUUAUUAAUAAGUUUUUACUUGUUCUGUUCUAAGAAAAACACCCUGUUUAAGUGUGAAACCGUGGUUUUAUUUAAUCCCAGAAAGUCUUAUUUUUCUAAUUUAGAACCCAGUUAGAUAUACCACUAACUGGACUUUCAUUUUCUGUGAAGAAGCCUCUCAAGUGGGUUGAACUCAAGAGCCAUUAUUUUCGAGACAGUUCUAACUUGUGCUUAAUUGCAAACUGUCACAUACUGGAAGGGCAUAGGAUUAUACUGGAUUGAAACUGGAUACACAGAAGUUCUACGGACUAUAGAUUGGACUGGUGAUCUAAUGGUUCCUUCUGGCCUUACAGUCUACGAAAAGAACAUUAGAUCAUCUAGUCCGAUAUCCUGCUUCAAAUAGGGUUUGACAUCUGAUGCUUUAUGGAAGGGGAAAAAAAAAUCAUCCAUAAUUCAUACAGAUUUCUAUGUUGUAAUAUGGGGUGGAGAAUGAGGUGAAGGAAGAGGAUUCUUUCCUGACUUCCACAAGCAGUCAUUUUACACCUUGAAGCAUGAGACGUGAUUACCCUUUGCUUGCACAUUUGCAGCUGUCAGUCAAGUACUGUAGAGAGAUUUUUUAAAAAGUGGAUAACAUAGUGAGUAUUAUCUAAACUUUGCUGAAUCUGAAUUGGUACAAAAACAACAGAAGGCACUGAGAUCAGGGACCUGUGAAAUGAAAUUCAGUGUUCCAGAGAUAGCAUAUGGUUUCAAAAAUGUCUCUCAUGGAUAGUCAUGAAAUAAAACCCACCCACUAGGGUCACCAAGGUUUCCAGUACAGGUCAUCUUCAGGAUGAAAGCAUUUGAUACAAAGAACCUGUCCUCUGAAGUAUAGAGGAACAUUUGUGACCCUCCUUUGCUGCUGAGAUAUAGGUAAGGGUAGGCUGCCAAGAAUUGAUAAUUUAGAACGUAAAAAGUCUAAAAUCACAAACAAUUAAUCACACAGGCAUCCCUUCAGCAAUGCUAAAGUGACACACUAUUUGUGGGCUAAUCAAAUAAUAAAACACAUGGCUCAACAGAAGAGGUUGUGUAAGAACCUGUUCUUCACAAAACUGAUCUCUUUUCUUUUAGAAUUAUUCAACUGACCUCUUUCUUCAUUUUGUUUACUUCCAAACUGUCCUUGCAAUACUGAUGGCCAAUGAGAGCACACGGCCAGAAUUUCUCCACAAAGUGACACAUGAUGGACCCUCCCCUUUUCCCAGGGAUUCUAGGCUUAGGUAAGUGGGAGGGAGCAGAAGAGAGGAACAAAGCAAGGUGAUAGUAGUAGAAAAGUGCCAAUACUGCAAUUAGAAUUAAUAGAAAUGUAUAAUAAAUACCAGCUUGCUCUUAUGUAAGCUUUACAAAGGAGGUCAGUAUCAUUAUCUUAUCAUCCUCAUUUUACAGAUGGGUAAACUGAGGCACAGGGAGGUGAAGUGACUAGACCAAUUCUCAGGGUGCCCAGGACUGUGAGUCAUCUUGUUACCCCCUGACUCCAAAGUGAGGGAAAGUUGCUUGUGCUUAGCUGGGUGUUGGCUCCUGAACACCACCAGUCUGUUAGCCACUGAAGCACUUGCCUCUGGGCUAUGCCAACCCUUACUUUGCCUUGCAAGUUAACAAUAGGUGCCCUCCAAUCCCCAAACCCCUUUUGAAGCAUUACCCUGAGAUAUGCAACCCCUGGCUACUCACAGACAUUCCAGAUCCAUUGUUCCCAAAGGAACAAAACACACCAGCCUGUGAGAUUCAGCUCAUGUUCAAUACUCAGCUUAACAUCAGAUAUAUAUUUACAAUUAAAUGAUUAAGUUUAUUAUCAAAGAUUCAAGUAACAGUGAGUAAGAAUAUUGGAAAUACAUAGUUACAUAUAAAAACAAAAACAGCUUUCUAGAGACUAAGCUUAACUAACAGGUUAAUGUCCUGUUUAAAGUCUUCUGCAGCAUUUUCAACCAAGGUUGGCUAGGAGUCCAUUUUUAUGAAUGAAAGCAUGCUGUCCAUUUACUUCCUAGGUGCAGGAUACCAUGCUGUCUUCUCUGCCUCUCAGCAAUACCCCCAAAGUUCACCAUCUUUACUCUUAGCCAGAAUAGCCCCCUGCCCCCUGGCUUGUUUUUUCCUCUGUGUGCCUUCCCUGUUGAUUUCAUCUCUCUUAACAUUUGACUUCAUAUAUAAAGAGGCAUCCAUUGCAUUAGCUUAGAAUGUUUAAUUUACAUCCUGACGGAGAUACACAUUGCUUACCUCCUGUCUAGAGCAAAACCAUUUUUUCCACCUUUGCUGGUGACUAAUACCUUGAUACAGACUUAAAAAACAAAAUUUCAGUAUAUAUGUACAAUUCCUGACAGAGCAUCUGUACAUACAUUUCACAACAAUAUUAAUGACCAUAGUGACACAGGCUUGCAUUUGAGAAGACACCUGCCCCAUGAGGUGCCCGUAACCCUUCUGCUUCCCCCUGCUGGUUGGCAUUUAGUGGUUCUUGAGUCACACCCAAGCAGUACUUGUUUCUUUAACUGGUAUUUGCUCUUCUCUUGCUUUGGUUUUUUCCCUCCCCAUCUCACCCACCAGCUUUGUGUGAGCCUUCUUGCCCCUCCCCCCAGCUGCCUGGACUAAAAAUAUCUGGGAGGCUUUUUCCCUGCCCCCACACCUGUACUUUGCCCAAAUGGUCUUCCUCAUAGCAAAGGUUCCCCUCAUCUUCCCCACCCACCAUGGCUAGAUCACAGAGAUUUAUGAGUCUGCUAUAACCUUUUAGCUUGGGCAGUAUAGAGGGUGUGCUUUUUAGACCCAGAGGUCCUCGAGUUUGAUUCCUGCUGUCAGCAGCCCCACCAGAUGUGCUGCAUUACAUAUGAUAGUGAAAAUUCAAGCCACCAGUCUAUGCAAAUUAUCUCAGAGUUGCUAGCCUCAGUGGAAUUGCACAAAUGUUGGGAGAUGUGCAGAAAUUUUCAAUGGGGACAAGUAUGUAAUGGGGUCAUGCUACUCACUCCUUGUUGGUGCCACCUCAUGGCUCAUCUGGUGAAUUAGCUCACCAUUGUUGGUGCCUCAUCCUGCAGUCAGUCAGCCCAUUGCCUGUGUCACUUGCUCUGCCUCUUCCAUGGCUUAGCCUUCCAGCUAAGUCACAAUCAUCUUCCCCUUCUGAGGUCUCACCAGGGUUUCUGUCCACACAGUCUCAGGCAGUCUCCAUACCCAGUGCAACACUCCCACAGUGGAUUGUAAGGGAACCCAGGUCCCAUCUGCUUCUGCACAGGGGAUCAUCAUCCCCAAACUAAGCCUCAUCGCGUCCUAACUCUCCUUCAGGUGCAGCCUAUGGCUAACCGUCUUCUCUUGCCAAUAUUAACCAUGCCAGGGCUUGCAUGGGGUGAAUGCCCCAUCAAAAAUAAUUAAAUCCAAUCUUUUUCUUUGAACAUUAAAAAAACAUUCAAUCUUCUCAUGGCCCUCCUUGAAUCAGGUGGCAAACAAACAUAGCUGCCACCCGCUGGUUCAGCAGCAAGUAUCUAGGAUAAACUGGUUACAUUGUGUAUACUUCAUUUUCCUUGCAUUUGAAGCUUCAGAUGUACUGACAAAUUGAACCCAUAUAAUGUGAAUGUUCUUUUUAAAUUGCAAUGUGCUUUGAAGGAACAGGUUCCCACUUAGGUCUCUCAGUCUGUAAUGCAUUAGUGUUUCUCUUUAGUCUACACAUCUUGAUGGUCUACUAAAUUUUAAAUGAGUCAAACCUAAGAUGAAGGAAGGGAGCCUAAUAAUCUAAACCCUAUGCAUUUUUUUGUGGCUCAGUGAAACCAAGUACUGUAUAUUGUUCCUUGCCUUAUAUUCUUUGCACACCCAAACUGUGCAAGGAGUGGAGUACAGGUCUAUGGUGAGCAUAUGCCUAUAAAACAUGAAUAAUUCCUUAAGAAUUAAAGGCAACCUGCAAAGAUUAAAAUAGUAAUACCUAGCUCUAAAAUAAUGCUUUUCAUUAAUAGAUUUCCAAGUGCUUCACAGUCUUUAUCCUCUCUGAGAUAAGAAAAGUUAUGCCUAUGUUACAGUGGGGAAUAGAGAGACUAAGUGACUUACCCAAGCUUACACAGAACAUCUCUGGCAGAGCAGGAAAUCAAACCUUGGUUUCUCAAGUCCUGGGCUAGUGGUGUAACCACUGCACCAUCCUUUCCAAAAGUAAUGGGGUUCUACUAUACUCCAUUUUUGGUUUCAGAAGCCAUGAAAGAAAUUUUGUAUUUUGUUUUUUUAUUUUUUUUUCUCCUAGAAAUAGCAAGCAUUCUUAUUCCUACUUUUGUUGCAGAAUUCACUGUGAGUUCUGUGCACUCAGCUAUUGAAACUUUAACAGAGAUCUUUUCUCCCAAGGUCAUAGCGCACCUGAGUUAAAUAGUGUUUAAACACUGUAGCCUGAAUAAAAAAAUCACCCCUUCCAUCAAAAUGAUCAGGUUUCAUUGCCUUAAAAUCACUGACACUACUAGCUUUCCAGACAAUUCCAAGAAAAACAGGGCAUGCAUGAUGCAAAUUUCUAAUGUGAGACAUGCUGAAAAAAAGGUUGUUUUUAAAAGGCCCACACCUUCCAGGGCUUCUUGGUGCAUCAUAAACAAGUCAAAAAGGGGCACCAGGGUACCACUAGCUCUUUCCUCUAAAGAUCACCUUUAAAGAAUAGGUGUCUCCAGAUAAAAUUCUCAGUGGAGUUCUGAGGGUUGGCAAAAAACUAGAACACUGUGCCAAAUUCAGCUCACUUGUGUGAAUGGGCACAACCCAAUUGGUUUCAAAGGAGUUGUGACUGCUCAUACCAAUGAUGAAAAUUUAAAGUGUUAAAAAUAAGAUAAAAAAUAAAGUUAGUGAGAGAUAGAUUAUGUCUUAAGGGCCCGCCCUUAGAAUUUUAUAUCUCAAGUAAAAACAUUUUUAAUCUGAAAGUGAUGUCAAAAUAUUUUAUGUUCUAACAAAAUAUUAUAUUCACAAUACAAAAGACCAUGAGUGCUGUGCUGGACUGGAGAGGGCGUCUGUUAUGCAGAGGUGGUAGCGAGCAGAAGCUCUUGGGAGGGCAAAUUCCUACUUUAAUAGAAUGAAUGGUCCUGCUACACCAAGCAAGGCUCAGCAACCUGAACACAGAUUUACCAUGCUACAUUCCUGUUUAAGCCAAACAAUGUAAAAUGUGAAAAAAUCUACAUGAUGUUAGCAGUGUUGUCAUGGCCAUGUUGGUCCCAGUGUGUUAGAGAGGUGGGUAAAGUAAAGAGAUGAACUUUCAAGCUACACAGAGCUUCUGGUCUGAAGGAGAGCUCUGUGUAGUUUGAAAGCUUGUCUC